AUGAUCAACAACGAACAGCGUUUUGCUCUGCACACCAUAUCCAAUCCGACGAAUUUAACAUUCGAUCGAUAUGCGUAUUCACGGUACAAGUACGGCGAUAGCAGUCAAGCAAAAAAGUUCGGUGAUGAACUCUUUACUGGCUUUCUUGAUAAAUAUCGCGAUUUUCUCCUUUCGUCAAAUCAACAACUUGUCGCCAUGUCAUCACCACGUGGAGUUAUUCCACCAGCUGUAUACUACAUUUUUCAAACGUUCUUUAAAAAACUUAAUCGAUUUCUCCAGUCGAAUGGACGAGAACCUGCGGUAGAACAUACGAUUCAUCGAAUUGGAACAAUCGCUGAAGAUUAUUCCAUAUUAUCCAAACGUGAACGACUUGACCGUCUCAUUGACGAGCGUUAUUCUAUAGACCGGCAUGACCUAACAAAUAAAUUUCUGUUAUUUGUCGAUGAUAUUCGUAUUACAGGUAUCCACGAAAUGAAUAUAAUUCGUUUGUUACAAACAUCAAAUAUUCAUAAUUCUCGAUUAUUUAUUUAUUAUGCGCAACUAAUUAAUGAUCAAAUACCGACAUCAUUCGAAUAUGAAUUGAAUCGCUGUGCAAUCUAUGAUCUCGAUCAAUUGUUAACAAUAAUUCACAAUCCAUUGACAACAUUCCAGAUCAAUACGCGGAUAUUGAAAGAAAUCCUCCGAUCUAGUUCUUCUGAACUGGAUCAUUUCUUACAAUCAGUUAGUACUGAUCUCAUGUCACAACUUUAUCAUGCGUGUUUUGCUUGUAAUUAUCAAACCAUUGAAAUCUUUGCUGACACUUUAGAAUAUUUACAUCGUUGUCUGAAACAACGGCAGAAUGCAAAGUAA